CAACACUUUGGCGCCAAAAGCCCCGCGUCGGACGAGCGAUCGCGCGCCGCCUCACGCUCCGCUCUUCUCGCCCGAUUUUCUCCGUUUUUAGCUGAAGGGCUGCAGAAGGACCUGCCACCAUGUCGUCCCCCGGUCGCAGAAGCACUCGCUCCACGCCCAGCAAGCGGAGCGACACGAGCGAGCUGGCCCCCCUCCCCCCCUCCUCCCCGGGCUCAGAGAUGCUCCCUGCCACCUCUCCCGCUCCCCCUCGCAUGAAUCCAGCUAUCAGUGAAAUUGACCUGAGUUCCCCCUUCAACUAUGGAACUCCUAGCAGUGUUGGAUCAUCUGUGCGCACUCCCCGUUCCGGAGUACGAGGAACACCAAUCCGUCAUCGCUCAGAUAUCCGGUCAGAUCGACGCAUCAGACAGGUUAACAUUGGCACAGACCCAGCGAGCGAGUCCAAUGCUGAAGGAGGUGCAGCAACCUCUGCUCCAGGUGGCUCGGCCCAGACAGAGGGACCCCAAGGCCCCCAGCUGGUCAUCUGGGGUACAGAUGUGGUUGUGUCGGACUGUAAGGAACGCUUCAAGACUUUCAUCUUGCGUUUCAUUGACCCGGAGGCUGCCGAAGAUGAGCGUAUUGAGGGCAUGAACACUAACGAGCCCCUGUACCUACAGAAGCUGGAAGAGAUUCAUACCCUGGAAGAACCAUUCCUGAACAUCAACUGCUCUCACCUCCACCAGUAUGAUUCCGACUUGUACCGCCAACUUGUUUGCUACCCACAGGAGGUAAUCCCCACGUUUGAUAUGGCCAUCAAUGAGAUGUUCUUUGAGCGUUAUCCAGACACCAUCCUUGAACAUCAGAUUCAGGUUCGGCCUUUCAAUGCUGACAAGACCAAGAACAUGCGUGCCUUAAAUCCAGAAGAUAUUGACCAGUUGAUCACAAUCUCUGGUAUGGUCAUCCGAACAUCCAACAUCAUGCCAGAGAUGCGAGAGGCCUUCUUCCGCUGCCAUGUGUGUUCCUUCUCCACCACAGUCGAAAUUGACAGAGGCCGCAUUGCUGAGCCCACCCUUUGCACCCAUUGCAACACCAGCCACUCCUUUACUCUAAUUCACAACCGCUCACAGUUCUCUGAUAAGCAGAUGAUCAAGAUGCAGGAAAGUCCAGAUGAUAUGCCCCCUGGUCAGACUCCCCACACUGUGCUUGUGUAUGCCCACAAUGAUCUUGUUGAUGGUGUCCAGCCUGGUGACCGUGUGACAGUUACUGGCAUCUACAGAGCAACGCCACUAAGGCUGAACCCACGCAUGAGAAACCUGAAGAGUGUUUACAAGACACACAUUGACGUUGUCCAUUUCCGGAAGGUUGAUAUCAAGAGGCUCCAUGGUCAGGAGGAUGGUGAGACUCCACGAUUCCCACAAGAACGCAUUCAGCUUCUCAAGGAACUUUCUCAGAAACCUGAUUGUUAUGAGCGUUUAGCCAGAGCCAUUGCGCCAUCAAUCUAUGAGAACGAAGAUAUUAAGAAGGGUAUCUUGCUGCAGCUGUUUGGAGGAACACGCAAGGACUUCACCAAUGCAGGCCGAGGCCAUUUCAGAUCUGAGGUCAACAUUCUCCUUUGUGGAGACCCAGGUACUUCCAAGUCUCAGUUGCUGCAGUAUGUGUACAACUUGGUACCAAGGUCACAGUAUACAAGUGGAAAGGGUUCCUCGGCUGUUGGUCUGACUGCCUAUAUUACGAAGGAUCCUGAGACACGGCAGCUAGUAUUGCAGACUGGUGCUCUUGUUUUGGCUGAUAAUGGUAUCUGCUGUAUAGAUGAAUUCGAUAAGAUGAAUGAAUCUACACGGUCUGUUCUUCAUGAGGUAAUGGAACAGCAGACUCUCAGCAUUGCCAAGGCUGGAAUCAUUUGUCAGCUCAAUGCGAGGACUUCAGUCCUGGCAGCUGCUAACCCAGUGGAGUCACAGUGGAACAAGAACAAAACAAUUAUAGAAAACAUUCAGCUCCCUCACACACUGAUGUCACGUUUUGACCUCAUUUUCUUGAUGUUGGAUCCUCAUGAUGAGCUGUACGAUCGCCGUCUGGCACGCCAUUUAGUCUCCCUUUACUAUCGUUCAGAAGCUGCUAAUGACGAGGAGAAUUUAGACAUGAGCAUUCUCCGUGACUAUCUUGCCUAUGCACGAGAAUACAUCCAUCCCAAGCUUUCGGAUGACGCUUCUCAGCGACUGAUCUCUGCCUACGUUGACAUGCGCAAAGUUGGAAGUGGCCGUGGACAAGUCACUGCUUAUCCCCGUCAGCUGGAGUCCCUGAUUCGAUUGGCCGAGGCACACUCCAAAGUCCGUCUAGCCCACACGGUGGAGGUUUCUGAUGUGGAAGAAGCUUGGAGGCUACAUCGUGAGGCCCUCAAGCAGUCUGCAACUGACCCAAUGUCAGGCAAGAUUGAUGUCAGUAUCCUAACAACUGGUCUCAGCUCAGCUGCACGCAAGCGCCGUGUUGAGGUUGCUCAGAGCCUGAAGAAGCUGAUCCAGGCAAAGGGCAAGGUAGCCACUCUAAACUUCCAGAAGGUCUUCCAAGAGCUUAAGGAGGCGUCAGAUUUGAUGGUAACUCGAGAAAUGUUUGAGGAUGCCCUUCGUGACCUGCAGGAUGAUGAAUUCCUCUCAGUCACCGGAAAAUCCACUAUUCGAGUGAUCCACUAAAGCCAUCAAGGCUUAAGAUUUGUACAAAAUUGAGAUGCAUACCCUGCCUCUCAACACAAACUCACAGCAUCAUUAAUGGACCAGUUUAUUAUUAAUGAACCCAGUGAAAGAGAAACAAAUGGGAAAUAAGAAUUGUUUCUUGUUUUCUUUGUUAUGCUUUAGCUACAGUUUUUAUAUAAGCCCUUUUGAAUUAUUUUUACACUACAAAGUUUACAUUGCAUUAUAAGCCAUACUUGUCUUCUUGGUAUGAUAAUCUAUGUUAAUUCCUUCAAAAGAUGAUGUAAAGAAAUGGAAUUGAUAUGGAGUGAUAUUUUGUGUAUAAUAUUUCUUAUUAAAAAAGUACCUGAAGACAAA